AUGCCAAAGAUCAAGCAAGAGCCUCGACAGGCUGUCAUUCCCCGAGCUCGGCCUUACCCGAAUCCCCAAACCAUUGCCGACUCCCAACCUCACGCAUCCACGUCUCGACUUGCCCCAUCUCAAGAUGUUUCCUCUGACAACGAAUCUAAACCAGACGUCAAAUCUGCAUAUUUUGAUAUCAGGACCCAUGGUGGCCAUAUUCUUCGAUCGACAACCUCGCAUCUUACAGCGACGUGUACACUUCGUCCCUCUUCUCCGCCCAUCUCUACGACAUGGCUCGGACGAGACUCAGAUGAAGAUACACCUUUGUACGGCCGGAGCGGCUCUUGUGAUACCUACGAAGUUCUGAACAACCGGAUCCGUAUCAAGUUGACUGAUGCGUCCAAGGAGAACGUCCCUGACAGGCACCCGAUCGGGCAGCAGGCGUAUUUAGAGAUGAAGAAGAUAAUAGCUGAAGAGAGUAGUUUGGAAGGGGAUGAAGCAGCGGCAGGGGGUAGUGGGAGCCCAGAGGGCGAUGAAGAGAAGCGUGUUGAUCAGACGAAAGUAAUAGUGAAGGGAAAGACCAGGAAGCGGGAUCAAACGGGGAAAUACUACGAGCGUAUUGUGAAGGACGACCCAUCGUCGGUGUACUGGCGGAAAGAGAUAGGAAAAUAUUUGGCGGUAGAAGUUCUUGGAAUGGCGAAACCCAAGGUGAAAGCGCUAAAGAACCUUGAAGAUGAACCUGUGGAACCAGAUUGGAUUCUGGACGAUUUCCCAGAGGACUAUGUAUUGUAUCGAUUGGUAGACCCAGAUCCCCCUAAAGGUCGCACUGGCAACGACAAAUAUCUCUUUGGUGCAGUCGCAGGGGUCCUACAACCCAAUUAUUUUGACUCCCCUUUCGAAUUUGUCUUGCACGCCGCCUGGCUGAUGCGAGGUGCUCCUCUCAACCCCGGUGGCUCCCGUCGAUGUGACUGUAACCACUGUGGCACCCGUGGCCAGGCGACCAUAUCGCACGAUCUGAAGAAUAAGAGGCGCACGAUUCUAGGGAUGGAGUUAUUACCGCCUUUACAGCCGAAGAAAACGAGAGGGAGGGGAGUGAAACCUCUCAGAACGGGAAUGUCCAGACAGAAGGCCGAAGGUUCGAGCGGGAGGGCGAAAAGGCGAGACGCGAGCAUCAGGGUCGUAGCAGUCGGCGCAAGUGGGGCCAGCUCUUAG